GAAAGAGGCGUAACUCACAUGACACUGUUACGUUAACCGCGUUAAGGUCAGAGUUGCCAUUAGACUUCAGAAUAAAGACUGUUAUCAAGUUACACAGACCACGAGCUUUUCUACACGCCGAUAUGUCUGAUGCUAUUAAAAAUGUGGCGAUUUUCGGCAGCACGGGGAUGACGGGGUCAGCGACCUUACCUAUUGCAGUGUCUGCAGGUUACAAUGUGACUGUGCUGGUGAGAGACCCCGCAAGGCUUCCUGCAGAUCAUAAGGCUUCCAGAGUGGUGGUGGGAGAUGUCCUGAACAAAGAUGAUGUUAAGAAGACUUUGGAGGGUCAGGAUGCGGUCAUCAUCAUUUUGGGGACAAGGAAUGAUCUCAGUCCCACAACAAUGAUGUCUGAGGGAACUAGGAACAUUUUGGAGGUCAUGAAGGCUCGCGGAAUUCGUAAAGUGGUUGCAUGCAUGUCAGCGUUCCUGCUGUGGGAUCGCUCCAAAGUUCCUCCUCGCCUGGUGCCGGUCACUGAAGAUCAUGACAGAAUGUACACUAUCUUGAAGGAAUCAGGACUGGACUACAUAGCAGUCAUGCCUCCACACAUUGCUGAUGACAAACCGCUGACAGAAAAAUACACUGCUACUGAGAACAUGUUGAAAGGAAGAGUCAUCUCCAAAUAUGACCUGGGCCAUUUCUUUGUCAAGUGCCUUUCCACUUCUGAAUGGGAUGGAAAAACAGUUGGAGUUUGUGGAGAAUAUAGCUAAUCUAUCCAGGCCUUUUAAAAACUACAUCCUCCUUUUUAUAUAAACACAUAUGCAUGCUGAUCAGCAAUAAAUGUUCCUACGCUGAAAAAAGUGAAAAUUGGAUCAACUUAAAAAAUUACUUCAAUUGGUAACCCCUAAAAAUGUUCUCACUUUAAAUAAAUAAAAUUCAAGUUGAAAAUGCUUAAAUAUCUGAAGUGUUGCCAAUUGAAGUAAUUCUAAAACAUUUUUUUCACCUUAAAUUAAUCACUUAAAGUGUACAAAAAUUUAUUUUAUUAGGUGUUACCAAUUUAAGUAUUUUUUUUUAACACUUUCAGACCUGAUUUUUUAGGUGUUUAAUCCCUGUGCUUUAUUUUGAUUGGUUGAUCAGCAUUUUUAUUGGUUUGAUCCACAAAAUAUGUGAUUUCAAUUCCAGUGGACACAGAGUCUGAAGGGUUUAAGUAGAGAAGAUUUCACUUUUUACAGGGUAUAAUCAUUAAUCAUUAGACAUUUUUUCCAAACAUGUGUCAUUUUAACAUGUUUACAUUAUGGCCCUUUUUAUAGCGUUAUAGAGUUCUGCAAAUUUUAUUUAAAAAUUUUGUAAUUGGAGAAAAUUUGUGUUUGAUCUGUUUUUGUUUUCCCUUAAGAACUGGCCUAAAAAUAUUGCUUGUUUAUUUUCUCAAUAAAACUAUGCAUUAUU